ACUUUGUAAGACAUCAUGGAGCCAAGUGCACCAGCCGUGCUGCUGGUGGCUUUACUGGGGACAGCAUCAGCUAUCAGCUUUUAUGGAGACAGUGUCAGUUUCAUGCCCCUGAAGAAGAAUAAGGACGGCACAUUUAGGGUGUCCUUCAGUCACAGACAGAACGGCAGGAGCAGCUGCUCAGAUGAGCUGUCCCUCAACUGUGAGAGUGGGGUCUGCACGACGUUUGAUCAGUCAAGUGUCCUGCAAACAGACCAGAAUGCCAAAGGUGACAGCACGUGGUGCCAGACUGAGGGAUUCACGACAGCCACUGUCUCAACCAAUGAGAAAUACUUGAGUCUGAGUGGCUCGGGCUGCUGCUGGGCGCCAAAUGUCGGCGGGAAAACAAACUGGACGACUCAUGCCGAGUUGGACUUGGGAACUCGCUCCGACUCACACACUCUCAACAUCUGUCCUGUGACAACAACAGUGUCGUCUCUCAGGGUGCCUCAGAACUGUUUUUCAGGGAUUCGUCUUCUGGCUCAUGAUCCAGACAGCGAUGACGUGAAGUGCACCCUCAGUGCCGGAGCUUCACUUCCCUCAAACUUCAGUCUGGACGUGGCGGAGUGCAUGCUGACAAGUGCAGGUGAAGUCGGUGUUGGCGUCCACAUUUUCGAGCUGAUGCUGGAGGACUUUCCCACCCAAAACAUCACAGUGACCUAUGAUAAUGGAAUGUCGGUGUUUCAUGAGGCUUCGGACAUGAACGCGACGCCUCUCUGCAAAGUGAAGCUUCAGUUCCUUGUGGAAAUCCUGCCUCCAAUACCACGAUGUGAAAUGGGUCACGUGCAGCCCAUGUUCUUAUCUGGGACUCCAUCACACGGGGAUGUUCUCCAUGCCACUGUGGGGCAGCCAUUCAACCUUCGUGCUCAAGCACAGGCUCAUCACAGCAGCAUAAUGGACUUCCAGGUGAGCGGCCCACAGAACAUGAGCAAAGUGUUCAUAAGUGGUGAACACGGAACAGCUGAUCUUACUGUGACGUGGACUCCACAAAAGCAAGACCUGUACGGCUCGAUUCCCUUCUGCUUCACCGCAGAGACACCAGAAACCCAGUCAGAAAUGAGGUGUGUUGUUGUCUUGGUGACCCAAGCCUCCAUCCUUCAAGGCAAGGCCAUAGUUGAAUGUUCGCCCAACAAGAUGAUGGUGACCCUGGACAAAGCGUCCAUGCCUGGGAUUGACGACAAGUUCCUGAAGCUGAGCGACCCAUCGUGCUCUCUCACCGCCAAUGACACACACAUCAUGGGCAGCAUGUCGUUCAGCACCUGCGGCACAAAGCUUGAGGACAUUGGUGACUACAUCGCAUUCACAAAUGAGAUCAACUCCUUUGAGCUGCCUAAUGAGAUUAUAACCCGUAGGAAGACGGUGAAGAUCGGCUUCUCCUGCCAGUUUCCCAAAACCAUCAGCAUCUCCAACUACUACAAUCUGCAUAAGUCUGACUACAUUUUCACUGAGUCCAGCUUCGGGAGCUUUGUCUACACCUUUGACAUAUUUAAAGAUGCCAACUUUACAGAUAGGGUGGAGGCCAGCGCCUACCCAGUCGAGGUGAAGUUGCUGGAGACAGUCUAUAUGGGCAUUCAAGCACAGUCAGAGCUACCAAAUGUGAAGUUAUUUGUGGAAUCGUGCAAAGCUACUCCUGAUGACAACCCUGAAAACACCCGCUCCUAUGACCUCAUCAAGGACGGGUGUAUGAAAGAUGAAACGCUAAAGAUCUACCCAACUAAUGACACUGUGUUCAACUUUGAGAUUCAAGCGUUCAAAUUUACCGGAAUCGAUGAUCAGGUGUACAUCACCUGCUCUGUCAUUAUGUGCGAGUCUGGCAGUCCAUUUUCCAGAUGUGCCGAGGGCUGUCUCCCAAAUCCAACCAGACGCAGGCGCAGGCGAGGAACGAGCAAGCAGACAGUCAGCCACACCAUUUCCCAGGGUCCUUUGCAGUUUGUUGGCCCGUCUGAGCCACACGACAACAGUGUGAUGCAAAGGAGUGACAAGCUUGAACCAGUGAGUCCUCCGCCAGUUCCUGAAAACACCAUGUCCAGGAACUCAGAGGGAGAGUGGGGAGGGCAGAUCCUGGGAAGUCACAUCAGCACGAUCGUGUUUGCCAGCGCUUUCAUAGUGUCACUGAUGUUGAUGAUUGUGGCUUUUCUGUACAUCAGAAGGAUGCGAAACCAGGAAGAUCGCAAAGCUCUUAUAGUUUCAGUCUAUGAAAACUAAGCCCAACUCGUCUCUGAAAACUUUCACACACAUUUUGUUCAGUGUGUAGGAAUUAUUGGUGAUUUACUGAAACCCUGUAACUUUGCGUUUAAUCUGUGCAUGUGGAAUAAAAUCUAGUCUAUGGCCUUCAGGUGACAUAAAAACACACAGAAACCCUUUUCUUUUGGCUUGGGACACACCACACGAUUUUUUUACCUGAUUUUAUCACAGUUGGGCAGAGUCUGCACCAGUCAGCACUAUCUGUUAGUGUGCGAGGGGUAAAGACUCCAAUCGUUUUGGAAACAUUUGGGAAAGCACCUGGCCUUGAAAUUGCAUUGUUUGCUAUUAAAAUACGUACAUAUCAUGUUACAUGCAGUAAGUGAUUUGUUCUUUUGCUAUGACACCUGUAACCUUAUGAGGAAAUCCCCUUUAGUUCAGCCUGUGUUCCUGGUGUUGAGUCACAGCCAUCGAUAUAAAGAGCUGAUUCUACGGUAAGGAAAACACAUUGAUUCUACUUUAUGUGUAUUCAAAUAAUAUAACAUCCACAUGAAUAUCAACUAUCAACUCGUCGAAAUCCUACACACUGGACCUUGAAAAAAAAUGGGAUCUUUUAACACUUUGAUACUUUCCUGAACACAGAGUAUAUAUAUUGAUUCUCUACUUCUCCUGAUCAUACUAUCCAUUAAAGUUGGCUUUCUAAUGCACACUGA